AUGCUAAACGUUGUACGCUCAAGUAUCCGUCAUAGCUCAAUUUGCAACAGAAGAAACUCUGCGCAACUUUUUCACACAUACAACCCAUUAAAGAUGUUUCAAGUCGGUGACGUUAUCAAGACUGGUCUAGCUGGUAUCCAGGAAAACUCUCCAGGCAAUGCCGUGGACAUCGGUAAGGAAGUCAGUAAGGGUAAGCACAUCAUUGUUGGUGUGCCUGCUGCUUUCUCGCCAGCGUGCACCGCCAGCCACAUCCCAGGUUACGCUGCCAAAUUGAGCGAGCUCAAGGCGAAGGGCGUCGAAAACGUGUUUGUCACCUGUGUCAACGACGCUUUCGUCACCAAGGCCUGGGCUGACUCUCUCAAGAUCCCGUCCGACAUCCACAUCUUGGCUGACACCCGCGGUGAGUUCGCCAAGUCCGGUGACACUUUGUUCGACUCCGAAGAGGUGUUCGGUAACAAGCGUAACUACCGUUACGCCAUCGUUGUCGAGAACGGUAAGGUCAUUGCUGCCUACGAGGAGCCAGACAAGACCGGUGUCAACGUCUCUUCUGCGGAGAACGUUCUAAAGGCCUUGUAA